GCUGACGCGUGUCCUGCCCCGCAGCGCUCCGGCGCCGGCAGCCGGCCAUGGCCUCCAAGCUGCUGCGGGCCGUGGUGCUCGGCCCCCCCGGCUCCGGCAAGGGCACGGUGUGCGAGAGGAUCGCCCGCAGCUUCGGGCUCCAGCACCUCUCCAGCGGGCAGUUCCUGCGGGAGAGCCUCGGCAGCGGCGGCGAAGCUGGAGUCCUGGCUCAGCAGUACCUGGAGAGAGGUCUCCUGGUGCCCGACCACGUCAUCACGCGCGUGAUGCUGACGGAGCUGGAGAAGCGGCGGGAGCAGCACUGGCUGCUCGAUGGUUUCCCUCGCACGCUGGGCCAGGCCAAGGCUCUGGAUGGGAUCUGCCAGCCGGACCUGGUGAUCAGCCUCAACAUCCCCUUCGAGACGCUCAAGGAUCGCCUGAGCGCCCGCUGGGUGCACCCCGCCAGCGGCAGGGUCUACAACAUGGACUUCAACCCUCCCCACACACAGGGUGUGGAUGACCUGACAGGAGAGCCCCUGGUGCAGCGGGAGGACGACAAGCCCGAGGCGGUGGCUGCGCGGCUCAGGAAGUACAAGGAUGCUGCCAAGCCCGUGAUUGAGCUCUACAAGAGCAGGGGCAUCCUUUACUCCUUCUCUGGCACAGAGACCAACAAGAUCUGGCCCUACGUGUACACCCUGCUGUCCAGCAGGAUCCCCCCCAUCCUCUCAGAGGAGGAGCACUGAACAGCUCGUGCCAAGGACCAGCAUUUCAUUCCCUCGUGGAUUUGCUUCCCAGUGCAGUGCCAGGGCUGUGCUGGGGUUGGGUGAUGAUGAGCUGGGUGAUGUUGGUGGAUACCAGGAUCAGAUCUGUGUUUAGAAGGUCAAGCCUGCUGGAAUAAGGGGUUUUUUUCCCCCUCUUUUGGGGCUGUGGAGUUUUCCUGCCCGUGGUCCAUCCUGGAUUGGUGAUGCUGACCAGGGCAUUGGUCACUCCAGGUUUACACAGCUUUGCCAUGGUGUCCUUGCCAUCCCUUUCCAGCCCCAAUCCCUGGCUGAGCCCACAUGUGCCAUCCUGUUGCUUCACAGGACUGUUUACUGCUGAGGACUCUCUAGGCUGAGGUGGUUUUUUUUUUCUAUAAAUUAUUUUCUAUUAAAUGUAUUUCUCAGCCAAAAAGCAACACUUAGCCCAGUGGCAAUUUGGGGAGCAACGUGGAAAAUGUGUGUGCCACAAAGCUGAGAGGUGUGAGGCUCACAUUUCCAGCACUAACACACUUAAAAAAUGCAAAACAUUGGAGGUGAAAAACUCCCCUGUGCCCUUUCAUAGGGAGAGCAGAAUUCCCUGUCAGAAAAAGCUGCUGUGCAGGUUUUUAUGGAAUCUGUGAGAUGAGCAGGAUCUGGGCUGGGGAUGAGUUGUACUCCUUUGUGCUUUCCUGGUUUAUAGCUUUUAAUACCACCAGCUAGCAAUGUCCUGAGAGUUUCUCCCAAAGAUUUAUCCCCACUUCAGUUUUGGGCAGAAAUCAGCUCAUUCCAUCCUCUGUGCUGCCUUUGUCCCCUGGCCUGGGGGUCCCUCAGCUGUUCCUGCUGCGUUCCCCAGAGAAGUGACUCCCUCCCCAUGAAAUCCCUGAGAUCUUUCCUUCCUUGGGCUGCAUCCAGGGCCAUGGCCAGGUGCUUUCCCAUGAUUUACAGCAUCCCUGGAUUGUGUUGGGGCUGGGCUUUUCUCAGCUGGAAGUACUGUCACCCUCUUUUUGUAGGAUGCAGUGACCAAGCAAUGGGGACAAUUCUUGUCUCCUCAAGUUGCCUUAUUUUAUAAACUAUAUAUUUAAGAAAACAAAAUAAAAUAAAAGCAAGAUGUGAAUUUGUAAAGGUUUAAAAACAAACAGCCAACCAAACAAAAAAAAGUGCUGAAUUUUAGCAUCACCUUUUGGGAAUUGUGCUGCUGGAUCCACAGGGAAUGCUGCUUCUGCCAGGGGCUCACAGGAGGGCAGGAAUCUGGCACUGCCUGGCACUUCUUGGAUUAAUCAGAGCAGCCUGGGCACUUUUCUGCUGCUGGGUGUGCCUGGGUUUAUUUUUCUUUGGAGAGCUGCCCACAGAAGGGAAAAGAGAUUUUUUUUGGGAUUUUUUUCCAUGUGUGAAACUUCAGCACCUGCCUGGGUUUAUUUAUCCCAGCUGAGCAUCCUCGUGCUGAGCAAGGAUCCCCUAAAAUCUGCUUCAUCCUGGUGCUGUCCCCAGUGGAACCAGAGCAGGAUCAGUGCCCACAUCCCCCCUGCUCAUCCCUGCCCAAAGUGCUCCCACCCUGCUCCAGGUGGGAAUUUUCCAGCUGGGAACAGAGGGAAUGUCAGGUCUCACUGCUGUCCUUUCCGUGCCCUGGGAGGCAGCAAAUCUUCCAGGCAGCAGUGAAAGCCUAUUUCAGAAAGAUUUGGGAUUUUCCCAUGACCCUGGGAUGAAGGUCUGGGCUGGUUUUAGACACAAAUCCAGAAAUAGCCAAAACCUGUGUGCUGCUUUCUUUGUAAAGCUUUGGGCAGGAGGGGAGGAGGAUUUAGGAGUUUUUUCGGCUGUAAAAGCAGCUGAGUGCCAGGCAGAGGGGCUGACCCCUGCUUUGCCUUGUCCUGUCCUUCUCUCCUGCAAAAUUCCUCCUGAAGAGAGAAUUCCAGCAGCCCAGCACAGGACAGGUCUGCAGAUGCCUUUCCCAGCCUUUCAGCCCCACAAUAGGUGUAGAAAUCCCGCGGCUGUGCAUGCACCCAGCCCUCGGGAUGGAUUUUUCCACCAGACCUGUUGCAUUUUCCAGGACCAAAUUCCAGCAGGGAUGGGGCCCUGUCCCUGGCCGUGCUCCCCUUUGGUAUUUUACUGUGAAUCGCAAACCUUUUGUAAAGUCACAGCCAAUUUUGUACUGACCCGAGAUACUGUGUGGAGGGGGGAGCCCUCUCCUCCCUGGAAUGUCACGCCGAGUUUUUUCUUCCCGGAGAUUUUUCUUCCCGGAGUUUUUUCUUCCCGGUGAAUCGCUGCAACUGUGUUUCUGCUCUGGAGAUGUAAAUAAAGAUUUUCUCCUGCUGA